GAUGAAACUAGAGCUGCCAUCUACACUUGUAAUUCAUAUAUUGGUUAGUCUCUCUUUCUCUUUCUCUCUUGAUUAAAGUCUUGGUGAAUGAAUAUCUGUUUCUUGAUUUGGAACCGACAUGGCUCCUAACAAUUGGGCUUUUCUUUGCCUCUUCCUAGGAAUCUGAAGCUCUCUCUCUCUCUCACUCACUCCUGUGUGAACUAGUAUUUCAACUCGACAACAUCGAAUCUUGACUUCCUUUUGAUUUUCUUUACUCUUUGUAUUGGAUCUUGGAGAUGGCUAUGCAAACUAUGAGAGAAGGUCUUCCCUCUGCUCCACAGAUUUCUUGGUGGAACGCUUUUGGAUCUCAGCCGUUGACUCCGGAGAGUCUCGCCGGAGAUUCUGAUUCAUUGGCCGGAGUUAAGGUCAGAUCUGCUGGAGGGAUAGAACAAGGUGUGAAUAAACAAAGCAACUCUGCAUCUCACUUUUCUUUCUCACUUGGUGAUGUAAAGAGUCCAAGAGUUGUGCCAAAGCCUCAUGGAUCUGCUUUUUCAAUGCAACCACCUUACUUGGAACUUGGAUUUUCUCAGCCACAGAUGUACACAAAGUAUCCAUGUGUGGAACAACAAUACUAUGGAGUUCUUUCACCCUAUGGAUCUCAUAGCAGUGUAAUGCUUCCUCUAAACAUGGAAACAGAAGAUGGAACCAUCUACGUUAACUCAAAGCAAUACCAUGGAAUCAUCAGGCGACGCCAGUCACGUGCAAAGGCUGCUGCUGUUCUUGAUCAGAACAAACCGAGUAGCAAAUUCCGUAAGCCAUAUAUGUAUCAUUCACGCCAUCUCCAUGCAUUGCGCCGUCCUAGAGGAUCUGGUGGGAGGUUCUUGAACACUAAAAGUCAGAACAAUGCAAAGAAAGCUGAUGGGACUAAGCCGACUCAGCCUCAGCAAAGUAACUCUCAGGAUUCAGACGUUCUUCAUCCUGAAAACGUGACCAUGAACUUAUCAAACCGACUAGGAUCAGAAGUUACAAGCAUGAACUACUUUUUAAGCUCUUCGGUUCAUCCCCUUGGUGGCAUGGUAAUGCCUAGCAAGUGGAUCACAGCAGCAGCAAUGGAUAAUGGCUGCUGCAGUUUCAAAACCUGAUAUUUUGACCAGAGUUCAUCAGUCAGACCGAGAGAGAGAGAGAACUCUUUUGUCUUGAUAAAGGACAGUUUGAGUUUUUUCUUGUUUCUUGGUUCCAUCUGACUAUGAACUGGCAACUCAUCUUUGGCUCAUUCUCUACUCUAAGGCUUCUUCACCCUCAGGUGAAGGGAGCCUUGCAUUUUAUCUCAGUGUGAAACUAGUUUGGAACAAUGAUGGGUUUUGGCAACUAAACCCACUUGUUCUAACUCUAUCUCCUCUCUCUCUCUUUGUCUGUGUGUGUUUUAUGUAUGUUUCUGAAACUGUUGUAAGAACUUCUAGUUAUGCGGCUUAUGUAACAUAUUUUAAGUCCUGCUUUUCUAAAAAAAUGUGUGUGUGUGAGUGUGUUUAUGUAUGUUUCUGAAACUGUUGUAAGAGCAUCUAGUUAUGUGGAUUAUGUAACAUAUUUUAAGUCCUGCUUUUCAAUAAAAGAUCGUGUGUUCUUGUAAA